AUGGGCCUACUGAAUAAUGCCUCCUUUGUUGCUGUCAUCAGCGCCUCGAAAAGCCUCGCACAGGAAUACAAUGCGAUGGAGAAUUUCGGUAUCAUUGGUAGUGCUUCAGUGGCACUAGGAGUCUUCGCUACUCCUAUAAGUGCCAUGGUUUCCGAACUAGACGUACCCUUUUUCUAUCGCUUCUGGGUUACCACUAUCAUACGGAUCAUCGGCCUUGUCAUGAUCGCUUUCGCUCCUACUUUCGAGUUCUGUGUUGUUGGAGUGUUACUCGCUGGCUUGACCCAGAUCUUGGGGGAGAACUUCACGCUUUGUUAUAUAAGAAAGUUCGACCCUACUUUCAUCGGCGAUUGGUCCUGUGGUACGGGGUGGGCCGGUGUCCUCGGUGCCUUCUUCUACCUUACCCUAAGGGCCCCUCCUAUUGGCUGGUCUAACCAGACGUUCUUCCUGGCCAUAGCCACUAUACAACCUCUCUUUGCGAUGUGCUAUGAGGCCCUCAAGAAGGACGAAACUGCAUCUCCUUUAAAGGAAGGGUAUGAAAAGACCGGCCUAAUCACAGACACUCUAUUGGUGAAAGCAUCUUUGCCAUUCCCUUCUGUUAUGAGAGUUCUUAGUUGUGAUGGUAUCGCUCUUGGCCUGGUUUAUUGGUUGGAAUACACCAUACAGGGCAAGUUUGCACGUGAGGCUUCGAUGAGCUCAGGAGUGCCUCGUAGUUGGUAUGAGGAGCUGUGCUUCGUGUAUCAAAUAGGCGUACUAAUCUCGAGGUCGUUGACCCUGCCUGUUGUCCGUUGGCUCUCGAAGGACUCUGCGGUUCAAAAGGCUAUGAAGAUAGUACUUAUUUCGGCUACACUAUUACAGUGUACCCUGUUUAUGGUGUGGUUGUUGACCACCGGGAGCGGUCACUACAUGCCACUUGUAUUGCAAGUGGCCUCUAUGUCAUUAGUAGGCUUAUGUGGAGGCUCUAUGUACGUCACUGUUUACUAUCUAGUACAGUGUUGUAAGCGUCUUUCUCCGCACGAUAAGGAGAGAGCUGUCAAUUUUGUUGCGAUGUUGGUCAAUCUUGGAACACUGGCCAGCUUUUUAACUACCCUCUGGGCUGACCAUACCUUUUGGCCCUCGGGCUCUAUCCCUAUAAAGUUCUGA